GCCAAGCGCAACAGAAACACUUUCUUCUCUCCACCACCGCCUCUUAUACCCUCGUGCUCCCGUCUGCGCGUUCCACUUCAGCGUCGCCCUGCUCUAGCUAUCAUGGACACGAAAUCAGCGCCAGCAUACCCCAUCACGAACCAGCCGGCGAGCCCGGCGGACAUGGACCUCUACGCGACCUACCACACGGGCUCAGCGAGCCAGUGCGCACACGGCGGGCGCUGCUCGCACCGACACCGUCUCAACAAACGCUGGCUGCUCGUCUCAGCGCUGGUCUUCCUCCUCUCGCUGGCUCUCGCGGCGUGCGUGGCGCUCGCAAGCCCGGACUCGGGGUUGUCGGCGGUGUUCUUCGGCGGCGGGGAGGGCGUAGGCGGGGAGCUGCUGAAGCGCGCGGUGGACGAUGGGACGGGGAAUAACAACGGGACGUUCGUCAACCAUAAACUGUACUUGAUCGUUAUAUUUGUCGGGCUGUUCCUCGUUGUAGUGGCGGGUAUCAUAUGCUGAGUUUCUGGUGCUGCCGAGGCUCUUUCGAAAACCCGCUCUGCUGUCCCUGCUAUCUCUGCGCGUGCUGCGGAGGGCUUGCCUGCCUGGAAUGCAUCGGCUGCGGGCUGUGCGCAGACGCUAUUGACAAUGCUUGAUGAGAAAAGAAUGGACUUACGCGAUGAGCCAGUCCACCAUGGACACGUUACGACAUUCCUUUCCUCAUAUCCGACAGGGACCGAGGGACACUGCAUUCACGGACACUGGACAUCUGCUGUAUAUAUCGUGGAUAAUAGGUACCUACCUCAUCUAUCUUGUAUUUUGAUGUUAUACAUGAUCUUGGCCUGUGAAUAAGCAUGCAGUAUUGGUAAGGUAUGCAGG